CGCCCACUUUCUCAGACAGGAAGUGUGACCAACUUUUUCCACCAUCCGCCCUUUACCCUCGACACUUUCCAUCACACCGCCUCAAGUAGUGUGAUUAAUUUCGGCAGGGAACUGUAACAGCAGGCGGCAUGUCUGACAGGGCGGAGCGUGUGAGACUCUCCUUUCUCCGUCUGAAAACCGUACUCUGACUAAACGGUGUACUGUCCCUUUAACUAAAGGGGGAUCUUUUUACAGGCUGAACCUCCGCUCACUCAGGAUCCAUUCAUAAAUAAGACAUCGUGUGGAAAGGAAGCUCAAAGAGUUGCAUCUGAUUUUUUUUCAUUCAGCACGACCGGAUGCAAGCAGAAGCCAGACAUGUUCACCUCGGUCGGGGGACUGUGGAUCGGGGGCAGCAGUGACUUCCCAUGGCUGACCCCCCUGCUGAUGGUUUGGACUUUGUGUGCGAGCCGUCGGGACGCAGCUUGAUCCAAGCUCAGACCCGUUGGAUGAAACCAAAAGAAAAGCUGUUUUCCUCCCAGGGUUUGGUGUUUUCUACGUGCUUCCGCUUCACCAACCGAGUCAUCCUGUUUUAAACAGUCAGUCUGCUUCCAUCCUUCUUUUUUAUUUUUUAAAAAUUUUUUUAAUAAAUGAAAAUACAUCAGAGGAGCCGAAGACCUGACAUACCGAUGGAGCAGUGAGUUAUGGCAGCUAAAGAGGAACUGUAUGCCAAAGUGACCCCGCGGAGGCAGCGCCAGUCCCGGCCGAGCACCGUGAAACAUGGGUCCACUUUGGACGUGCUGCUGUCCAUGGGCUUCCCCAAGACCAGGGCCUUGAAAGCUCUGGUUUCGACAGGCGGCAAAAACGUCCAGGCAGCUUGUGACUGGCUCUUCUCCCACGUGGACGACCCCUUCCUCGAUGACCCUCUGCCCAGAGAGUAUGUGUUAUAUCUGCGACCCAGCGGUCCGCUGCUCCAGCAGCUCUCGCACUUCUGGCAGCAGUCUCGUGUCUCCUGCGGCAAGAACAAAGCUCACAACAUCUUCCCCCACAUCACCCUCUGCCAGUUCUUCAUGUGUGCCGAUGGGAAGGUGGAGGCUCUGUCUGACGCUCUCCAGACCACUGUGGCCAAGUGGAAGGGUCGUAUACCCAUGCCCCUCCCCCUGGAGCUUUACACCUCCUCGACCUUCAUUGGCCUCUUUGUGGAGGAGCAGUUGGCGGAGGUGCUGAAGAGCUUUGCUGCUGAUUUUGCCACUGAAGCAGAAGCUAAAGCAGAUGUUCAUGUUGAGCCACAUAAGAAACAACUUCAUGUCACUUUGGCAUACCACUUCCAAGCCAGUCAUCUUCCAGUUCUGGAGAAGUUGGCCAAGAACGUGGACGCAUCUUCAGGCUGUGACUGGCUGGCUGUGCUCUUCUCCAGGGAUAUUCGUUUCGCUAAUCAUGAGACACUGCAAGUCAUGUACCCGUAUGUGCCUCAAAAUGAAGAUGAGCUCGAGCUGAUGCCAGGAGACUUUAUCUUCAUGUCUCCGGUGGAGCAGGGCAUUGCCAGUGAGGGCUGGGUGUACGGCACCUCGCUGGGCACGGGGCUGUCUGGCCUGCUGCCUGAGAACUAUGUCAACCGCGCUGAUGAGUCUGACACCUGGGUUGUCCACGGGUCUCACUCCGUUCUCAACUGUGCCUCGCCGUCUAACGCUGGCAGUGCUGUGGGCGGGUCAUUAUUUGACGGACAGCACAGUGACAGUCUACUUGACACUCUUGUGGAACCUCACAACCUCACCGGUCUCUGUCCUCCCAUGCAGGUGAUGAGGCCAGCUACUCAGUCCUCCCUGUCCAGGAUGAGACUGUUUGUGUGUCGCCAUGGGGAGAGGAUGGAUGUGGUGUUUGGGAAACACUGGAUCACUCAGUGCUUUGACUCCAAAGGCCGAUACAUUCGCUCUAAUCUCAACAUGCCACCCAGCCUGCCAGCCAGAAUUGGAGGUCACCGGGACUACGAUAAAGAUUGUCCAAUAACUGUGUUUGGCUCCACCCAGGCCCGUCUUGUAGGUGAAGCCCUGUUGGAAAGCCACACGACAAUAGACUUUGUUUAUUGCUCUCCGUCUCUUCGCUGCGUCCAGACUGCUCAGAACAUUCUGCAGGGUCUCCAGCAGGAGGGAAAGACAAAAAUCCGUGUGGAGCCUGGAUUGUUUGAAUGGACCAAGUGGGUUUCAGGCACAUGUUUACCCAUCUGGAUCCCCCCAGCUGAGCUGGCCGCUGCUAACCUGAGUGUGGACACAACAUACAGACCUCAUAUACCCAUAAGUAAGUUGGCGGUGUCAGAGUCCUACGACACCUACAUCAGCAGGAGCUUCCAAGUGACCCGAGAGAUCCUGUCGGAGUGCAAAAACCUGGGAAACACGGUCCUGAUUGUGGCCCAUGCUUCCUCCCUGGAGGCCUGCACUCGCCAGAUACAAGGCCUGAACCCCCAAAACUCCAAGGACUUUGUCCAAGUUGUCCGAAAGAUUCCUUACUUGGGUUUUUGUGCUUGUGAAGAAAUGGGAGAGACGGGGGUGUGGCAGCUGGUCGACCCACCCAUCUUGCCACUGACACAUGGACCCAAUCACAGUUUCAACUGGAGGGAAAUGUUAAUGCAAGACUGAAGGAUAUGCUGUUUGGCUUUCUUAUCUUUUGGCAGCCGCAAACUGCUGAAGAAAUAUUUAUUUUUAACCCACACUGCAACAAAUCCAGCCAAACUACCAAAAAACAACAACAACAAGAACAAAAAAAAAAACAUGUCUGGCUUCCGUUAAAGACAUCUUGCAAAAAAAAUGUGCAUUCAUUGAGGCAAAUGUAUUCAAACGCACACUGCUCAGGAAUGAGAAAAUUCAGUAUGUGUGAAGAUCACAGCAAAAACGAGCUAUAGAUUGGGCCCUUGGUGUUCCACUUCUUAGCCUAAAAUGUGGAGAUGCUACAAGAAAUCUGGAUAUUUCUUGAUGGUUGCUGAUGAAUCAGGUUUUAUGCCAUGAGAAGGUGUCAUUUAAGGCCUGUGUGGCUCCUCCUCAGACAGGAAGGGCUGAAGAUUUAGUGUUAUCCUGCCUUCUCACACACUGUGACAAGAAAUAGAUGAGAGAGACUCUACCACAGAAAUAUUUUUCCAUAUGUCAAGACGUUAUUAUUUAACUUGUAGCUACGACCCUCCUAAAAAAAAGCACAAAAGAAAUGUUGACAAUCAGACUGAGAGAAGAACUGAUCUUCAUUGUUUCUGGUGCUGAGGUGGGUUGUUUAUUAUACCUGUUUUACUCUUGUAAAUGUCAUAUCAUUAAGUGACUCUGCAAAGCUAGCAUUUAUGUUCCCACAUGAAUUCUUUCAACCAUGAUCCACAGGAAUUAUGUGGAAGAAAUGCCAUUUUGAUAACCACCACUGGAACAAAUGAAUAUGACAGGUGAAAAUGAACAUAAUCAAAAACACGCUGUUGUUUAGUUUUCAGUUUCGUCCAGGACGACUAAAACGUUUGCCUGUCACCUUGAAACUCUCUGUAAGCUGGACAACCACACAGCUUUUCAAACACUUUGGUGCAUCUCUUGCUUUUUUUUUUGGUUGUCAGAUGAUUUCAGUGCUUACUGCUUAUAGCAAAUAUUUGUUGUUUGACUCAGAAAAUCCUACUAAUGCUAAAAAAUGAAUAAAGCAAGAUUGUGGGGUUAUAAAGGCCCGUGCAGCCUGUGCCAUGUGUUCAGUAAAAACAGUUUGUAGCCCUUUUCUUCUUCACUUAGAUAAGCGGUGGAAAGGUUGCUCUUAAUUUUCUGUUCUGUUUUAUAUAAACUGCACUGAGGUUGUUUUUCUUAAGAAAAUAAACAUGCAUGGGCAUUGCAAUACACAACUAACACUGAAAUAGUUUUCUUACAGCUUUCGUAAUGGUGUUACUGUCGGUCUUGCAGCAGUAUCAUUGCACUGUCAAUGCUGCCAUUUGACUACAACCCUCUAGAAUAAACUGUUGACUAAGCAAAAGUGAGAAAACACACCUAUCGAAUAAGUUUUCUUGACUAUAACUUUUUACCUCACUGAGUGUCAGUUACAAUGUCUGUCAUAGGAAGUGGAGUAUGAGAAAGGAUAGUGACCUGUGAAAAAACUAGUCAUGAGACUUGAAUUCAAGAAUUUAGAUUUUUAAUGUUAAUGAACAAUACUGGUUAUAUUUUCUGAAUUCUUAUUUGAGGACUUAUUUUUGUCCGAACUGGCUUCUGUAUCUGAUUUUUUUCCCUUUUCUUUCUUUAUUGACAUGGAAAACAAUUAUAAUUUUCUUCUUCCACAAAAUGAUCACAUACAAAAUAUUAAAAUAUUCAUCUUGCGGUUUGCAGAAAAAAGUAAAACAAAAAGUCAAUGUACUGUUUGACCUCCUUUGUAGAAACCAAGAAGUUCAGAUUUUUACCUGUAAAUUUGCUUUUAUGAAUAUGAAAUUUGACCAGUAAAAUUAAAAGAUUUGUAAUAUAUAGCUUAUCAGUUAUCUUCUAGCAUUCCAAACAGUACAAGUUUCCAAAAUAAUAUAAACUCUUCAUCAAUAUGGCUGUUGAUAAAGAUACACAUGUUAUUCCAAAAGAGUCUCAGAAAAGGGCCAAAAUAAGUGAACAGCAGUCUCAGGGGAGCUACAACAAAAUGUACAGCUCAUAUCAAUAUUUUUUUCUGAUUUUUAAAAAAAUGUAUAUUUGCUGGGUAAAAAUCUAUGAAUAAGUUUGAAAGAAACUUCCUUCAUUUUGUCAGUUAUCAAGAUAGUUAUCAGCUAGGAGCCUGAUCUGUUUCCAUGUCAUGUUAUUCACAAAGCCAUUCCAGUAUGAGAUCACAUAUGUUAGUGUUUCUGAAAAAGCCAUCUUCUGGUGUAUGUGCGCUAUGUAGGCAACAACUAAGAGUAUCAUCAGUUUUUACCAUCUCUUCCUCCGAUGCACUCUCCUGUAGGGGAAACUUGUUUUUCUUUGCAUCCUUGUAAUAACAAUAAAUCUGAAUUUCCCAGAACUAUA